ACCAAGAUUUACUCCUUGACACAUAAAUCCAAGUUACAAGAGUUCCCAAGAACUUUGGAGAGAGCUAUUGAUCGAGCUCUAUAACCUGUCCAUUAAAAAGGAAAAGAUGGUAAUGGGUAUGAAGGUCUCACAUCACAUGUUCAUGGAUGACAUAUCUCAGAACUUCCAUCACCACUGACUCUGAAGUCACUGCAUUAUCAUAUCUUUUAGUCUGCAAUUUGUUUGGUUGAGGAGGUGACCCAUUUGUUUCCCAAAUGUACUUUUCCUUUCUUUUCUUUCUUAUCCUAGCAGUAAAGGAGGUAGACAUCAGAAAGCUACAAUGCCAACUCAGAAAGUUUCAAAGCCACAUCCUCUUAUAGUCAGUAUAAGAGAAAAGAGGCAAUCCAUGAUGUCUGUUAGGAUUUUUCUCAUUUUCAGACUUUUUUUUUAUUUUAUUUUUUGUGGUCUGCUCUGCCUACUUACAAAGACCAUGCUUUUUGCCUAAAUAUUAUCUUUUGGAAGUCUAUGUUCUGCAUUUAUUCUUCUUGAUGAGCAAUAGGUGACUCAUGCAACAAACAGUUAGAUUCAACCACCACAUCUAUAUCCCCUUUAAAUACCAUUCGCCAAAAACAAGAUUCAUCAAUCAUCACAAAGCAUCUCUUCCUAGAUCACUGAAGCUGAAGAAACAAUCAACAGCUUGCAUAGUUGGUGCAAUCUGCAAGACUAGAAAAAAAAUUCCACAUUCCAUUCAUCAAAAAUGAAGAAUCAGCUGCUUGAACAAGUUAUUGGAGUUCCAAUCAAAUCAACAACACAUCGAGUUGAGAGAACGCCAAGGCGGUACUUACCUGAUGCCGCUGGCCAAUACCGCAUUUCAUCUUCGGUUGAACGGUCUACCACAUUUAGAAAAAGCAAAGGGAAUUUUGUACUUAAAAGGAUGAACAAGCUAAGGAAGAAAGCUGAUACUUUUGCACAUGGAGUCCGAGAGCAUGUAAGGUUGGGCCCAAAGAUCACUGAAACUGUGAAGGGGAAAUUGAGUUUGGGGGCAAGAAUUCUUCAAGUGGGAGGGGUGGAGAAAAUUUUCAAACAAUUGUUUAGUGUCAGAGAAGGGGAGAAGCUGUUGAAGGCUUGUCAAUGUUAUUUAUCAACAACAACAGGUCCUAUAGCCGGCCUACUUUUCAUCUCCUCCCAAAAGGUUGCUUUUUGCAGUGAUAGAUCAAUCAAAAUCCCCUCUCCUAAUGGAGAAUUGCUCAGAGUCAAUUACAAGGUUUUAAUUCCGCUUGAGAAAAUAAAGGGAGUUAAUCAAAGUGAAAACAUGGAGAAACCAUCGCCAAAGUACAUGGAAAUUGUGACAGUAGAUGAUUUUGACUUCUGGUUUAUGGGCUUCUUGAAUUACCAGAAAGCUUUCAAAUAUCUUCAGCAGGCAAUCUCCAAAGACUAGAAGAUGUAUGAGUCACUUUCUAGGUGACUUAGAAAUGUCUCUCCUCUGUCUCAUCAGAUUGUUUUGUUGAUGAAAUGAGGAAAAACUAUCAGCCUUACAAAUGUAAAAUGUUUUUCUUAAUUGAAUAGAAAUUAUCCAUACACAUGGUGUAUAGUUUUGUUGUUUCUCCCAUCACAGCAUCUUUGAGUGAGAUAAAAGUCGGAGCAUGAUAAACGGUUGCAUCCUAAAUUUCUGAUUCAAUCAUUGCAUCCUUGAGACUCUGCCUUCUCACCCCACUUAAAUUGGUCCUUUUCGAGUAGUGCAGUCAGUGGCUUGAUUUGAUUGAAAUUUGGAUGAAAUGCUAGUGAAUAUAAGUUAGAAUUUAUGGCAGAAUGAAGAUGAAAUUGAGUUUCUCGUAAAUAAAUUUUAGAGAAAACUUAAAGUUUCUUGAAAAUUAAAAAUUCUAAAGAUUUAUUGA